GCAUGAUGGUCUUCGUAGUUCAUAAACUGGUCAACCGUAAAUUUGUUUGUUCAGGGCGGACCCCGUUUUCAGCGGGGAUCAGGGAAUUUGUUUUGAACAUUUUCCGCCCAUUAGCUGCAGUCAAAAUGGAAACAUGAAGAAGUGAAUGGUGUUGAUAAGUUAUAACAUUUGUUACACGGCACGGUGGCAGCUCAAGGGUGAGGUAAGAGCCCAAUUUGUUGAUGCGCUAGCAGACCGUUAGCAAAAAGAGCUAACCUUGACGUAGAUCGGGUUUUAUCUCAGCUUUAUGACUUUGACUAAUGUUGUGAAACUGAAUCUGGUCUACUGACUGAAAGAAGGUCAAGAGCAUAAACUAACAUAAAAACCUCUUCAGUGUUGUUCCAUAACAUGUCUUCCCUUUUUUUAGUAUUUGACCCAGUUUCUGUUUCCUAAUUGAUAAUGUCUUGUUUCCCAAACUAGGGUGAACAUUGUUUUGAAUUUGGACCUAUUUAAUCAUAUUGUGUAUUAAACUAAUAGUUCAUUAUUAAGAAUAACAUAAAGUUGAAACGACAGUUCAAUUCUCAGUAAUCUGAUAGGGGAUUCUUAGUGUUUUGGGUGGUGGGACUGUCGCCCAGUGAUACCUGACACCCAGUAGGUGUGGUUUGGGAGGAGACAACUUUCAUAUGCCCCCUUCUGCUUAGUCUGAAGGACAAUACCCUGUUUUGUCUUUGUUUUGGAGUUGUUCAUCUUCUCUUGUUUUGCUAUAAAGAACUACUGAAUUAUGCUUUUUUCCAGGAUGAGGGAUCUUCUUGCCAUUGACAGCUUGCUCUUGAAAGAGCUGAAGUCAUGUUGUGCAAAGGAGCACACAUUUCUUCCCAGAGAGGCUGGCCUAAAGCUGAUGGAAGCAGCCUCCACAGAGGUAACCCACUGACCUACUUUUACAUUUUUGGCUGUCUGUUCAGGCUUAUGUGCAGGAUAACAAUGCAUGCUAUUUCCAGCGAUCCCCAUCUAAUAUUUAAUGAUGUACUUCUAGAACCACAGUGGAGUGUCCGCAAAAUGCAGAGACACCAGAGUGGAAGAGCUGUGGGGCCUCACCAGUUUCUUUGGCUACAGCACUCAAACCUUUGUUCAAGCUGUCAGUUUGCUGGAUAGAUUUCUCACGAUCAUGAAGGUAAGAACUGUGCGUGGGUCAAUGACGUAUAAGGUUUUUAAACAUGCCAAUUUUAAAAUAGCAAAAAUAAGAAUAUAUUUUGCUAAAGUUCAAAUACUAAGGAUGUUGUGUGUACAAAAAUUAAUGUUGAAUUUUUAAAUUACACAAUUUUAGUUACCACAUGAUAUUUUGACACUUUGAAGUUCAUAAAAAUUACAAAUAAGACCUAAUUUUUGAAAAGUUGAAGUGACUACAUAUAUAAGAGAGACAUUUUUUGUGCAUUUAAACCUUUUUUAACUUAAAAAAAGCUGGACAGAAUAUUUAGGCAUCAUGUCAUUGAACAGCAUAUGAUUUAAUUUUUAUUUUACAGAAGCGAAUCUCUUUUUCAAGGCAGGGCUUGCAAAAUAACAAACUAAUUGUUGCAAGUGAAACAUUAAUCUAGAUAUUUUUUAUGUGUACACCAGUCUUUAUCUCCACAUGUUUUGGUAUCAGGUUUUAACCACUAGAAAGAAGAAAACAUGACCCCGAAUCAUGAGGUGUUGACUCACACGUAUUACUUUGGUGUUACAUUCUCAGGUGCAGCCCAAACACUUGCCCUGCAUUGGCGUCUGCUGCCUUCACAUUGCAGCUAAAAUGGUCGAGGAAGACAGCAAUGUCUCACCCACUCAUGAGCUCAUUCGCAUCAGCCAAAGCAAGUUCACUGUGUCAGACCUGUGUCGCAUGGAGAAGAUCAUCUCAGAGAAGAUUAGCAUGGAGCUUGAACCAGUGACCGCCUUAACCUUCCUCCACCUCUACUACUCGGCCUUCACAUCCCAGUCUGCUGGAAGGUAAAUACUUAAUUCACUUUUGGUCUCUUAAAUUGUCUAAGCAGAUGCGUCGCCCCAGUUUGCAUGAAGUUGGGUCGAAUAGAUUGUGCAUUGUGAGGUUUGUACUGGCGGAUCACUUUGGGAUGCCUUCUCUUUUAAGGGAAGAGAUCCCAAGCAUUGGGAGACUGGAAGCCCAGCUAAAAGCCUGCUUAUGCCGGCUUGUUUUCUCUAAGGCAAAAGUAAGGAUUGUUCUCAGGUGACAAUAUCACGGCAUUGCAGCAUGACCUUUCAAACGGAGGACUAAUUCAGCUGCUGUUUUUCUCUUUUGCAGCCGUCGGUGCUGGCACUGUCCCUCUUUGCUCAGGAGUUUGAAACCCUCCAGUCCAUGGCCUUGUUGAAGAUUGUCCAGCAACUCCAAAGACAUCUAAAGGUGAAGAUGUCUAAUCUUAAACUGACAUAAUCCAGCUUGUUUAAGGGCAGCUAAGUAACCUUUCAGAUAAAAUACAAAGGUUCAAUAUCUUUUGCGUUCAGUCCCUGCAGUACCUACAUUUCUUUCUUGUGUUGAAAUCAACAUGAGGGUGUUACCAUAUGCACACAUUAGAAAAAGAACUAUUGACAUGUUGAUGACAGCAUAUUUGCGAGCUAUUUCUCUCAACAGCCUGUCAGAUGUUUCCUGUUUGUUGUCUUCACAGAUCGGUGACAGCGAGCUGCUCCACUGGAAGGAACUUGUGGCCAAGUGCAUGACUAAAUACUGCUCAAGUGAAUGUAACAAACCAGACAAUAAAAAGCUGGUUUGGAUCGUGUCCAGGAGGACCGCACAGAAUCUUCAAGCUAAUCAUUUCAGCGUGCCCGGCCUGCCAACCAUUCCUGAAGGAAGUUGGGAUGAGAGUGAGAGGUUAAUACUCCAGCUUUUCCAAUUUCUUUAUGCUGGACUUGUAAAUUUACUAAAAAUAAAGAGAUGCAGUGGUCAGAUAUUACCUGAAUUACCAUUCAUGAACUUAGUUUAAAACGUAAAGCCAUCAGUCAUUUAAAAGUGGGUGAUAUUUUCAGGGUAGAAAAGUAUCUGUUUAUGGUAAAUGUUGAAUAUUUAAAGUUAAUGUUUCAAAAAUAAAAAGAAAUGGAGACAGUUGGGUUUGUGUUCACUGGUUUAGCACUGGUGUGGCUUACUGCAAGUUUUGUUAGAUGUUUGAAGAAAAGAUAACUCUUAACAUGGCUGCAAUCUCUGGAAACAAGAAGGCAUAACCGAGUUGGAAAUGAUUUAAUUUAUCAGAUCAGAAAUUUCCACAUUUCGUUAGGGCUUGCAAUCUUUCUUAGAUAAGGGAAACAGAUACAUUGCAGUCAUGAAAUAAAAUUAAGUUUGAAUAAAAAUGACUCCAGAGAUCUAGUUUAUGUGUUACAAAAGAACAGUUGUCUGAUUUGGUCCAUAGUUAUCUUACAAAAACCCUGCAGCUUUUACUUACAGUGUCACUCAAAAAGGUGCUUAUCUGGCUCUAAAUUUAAAUGUAAGAAAAAUGCUAGUUAUCCAAAUGCUAAAAGAAACCCAGACUGAUUGAACAAUAUUAGUUCUGUGCAUUAAUAACCUUCUCCUCUUCCCCAGUGAGGACUCCUGUGAGGACAUGAGCUGUGGGGAGGACAGUCCAUGGGGCUCACCAGGAAGUGACGGUGAAGGAUCCUUCUUCCCCUCUGCCUUUCUGAGCUGCAGAAAGUGAUGAGUCUUUGUUGUGCAGUAGCUUACAGAUGUGUGUUUUCUCCUGAAUUGUUAGUGGUUCAAGGUGGUCACCAUGUUUCAAAGCAGACCUGUGUGUUUCACUUUUUGUGCCAUGUGCAGCACAGGUACGCCAAAUGGGAGGUUUGGGUCAUUAAGUGCCUGUGUUGAUUCUGUUUACUGUCUAUUCCUUUACAAAAACAUAUCCUAGUAAUGCAAAACUGAAAAUUGCAAUAUCUUGGCAGCUUGACAGCAACGCAUCUGAAUGUCUUUUUCCAAAAAAUGUUCUCUUUAUGUUAGUUUGUGUCCGAGUUCGGCACAUUCCAGGAAAACAGUGAAGCACAAGAAAGAACUAAUGGAUGUCAGUCAUGAGGUACACUCACUGUUGAAAACAGCUAACAUACUACCAGACUUUUUUUAAUACCAGUUUUUUAUACUCUAAGCCAUUCGUAUUCACAGUAUUCUGCAAAUGUGUAUCAUUCAUAAAUCUGAUGUGACAUUGUAGUGGUAAAUACCAGACUGUAUAUGCAUGGAAACAUUGAAAUAUGUGACGAUGAAUGGAAAUUCAUGUGUACCAAGAUAAGCUUAAUGUACAAAAAAAAGUAUGAAAAAAUGUACAUAACUUGUAAAAAAGACGAAAAAAAAACUUAUGUUUUGUGAAAUCAAAAUUCUGUGUGUUGUAUUUGGAUAUAAUGUGUUAUAUGUUGGAAGGAUCAAAAGUAAGCCUUUCAAUUAAAAAUCAAACUUUUAUCUACA